AUGACGGAACUCCUACAUCGCAUCAUCGACCAACUCCGUCUUGAGUUUGCGAUGAAAGAUCUCGGACCCGUCCACUUCUUCCUCGGCAUCCAGGUCCGGCGAACGGCGACUAGCUUCUUCCUGUCCCAGGCGCAAUAUGCUGAUGAAGUACUCGAGCGUGCCGGCAUGACGAGCUGCACGCCCGCCUCCACGCCGGUUGAUGUCAAGGGCAAGGUCUCCUCCAACACAGACACGCCGGUGUCUGAUCCGACAUUGUAUCGCAGCAUCGUUGGCGCGCUCCAAUAUCUCACCCUCACGUGCCCGGACCUCACCUACGCCAUGCAGCAAGCCUUCCUGCAUAUGCAUGAUCCUAAUGAUGGGCACUGGACACUGGUGAAACGGAUCCUUCGCUAUGUUCGUGGUACAAGUGCCAAGGGCCUACAGCUACGGCGAUCCACUUCACCGACGCUCGUCGCCUACUCGGACGCGGACUGGGCAGGAUGCCCAGAUACGCGCCGCUCGACGUCGGGCUUCUACGUCUUCUUCGGCGACUCCCUGGUGUCAUGGUCCUCCAAGCGCCAAGCCACCGUGUCGCGUUCCAGCGCGGAGGCCGAAUACCGUGGCGUGGCGAACGCUGCCGCUGAGUGCUGCUGGCUUCGUCAUCUUCUCGGCGAGCUCCACGUCAAGGUUGACAAGGCGACGCUCCUGUACUGCGACAACGUGUCCGCGGUCUACCUUACGGACAACCCAGUUCACCAUGGCCGCACCAAGCACAUCAAGCUGGAUGUUCACUUUGUCCGGGAAAAGGUGGCCAUUGGUGAAAUCCGGGUUCGCCAUGUUCCUACGCAACAGCAGAUCGCCGAUAUCAUGACCAAGGGCCUGCCCAAGAUGCUGUUCGAGGAUUUCGGGUCCAGUUUGUGCAUCGCUGAUGGCGCACGAACUGCGGGGGUGUCAAAGUGGCUGAUCACGCUGUAUUGUGGAUAG